UCUACUGCUAGGAGGACCAGUUUAUAGUUUGGUUAUGUUAUAUAAUCUGCUUCUAUACAUGCUUUCUAUCAUCCUAACUUCUAACUCAAAUAAAAUAAGAGUUUUCUAAAGUACAUUAAUAUGAACGUCACUUAGAAAAAUAAUUUAAGUAAAUACUUGUUUAUAAUUUAAAUAUCUUCGGCAUUUACACGUGGUUGUAUACUUACAUGGACGUAAUGUGUAGGAUAUGUAGUGUUUAGUUCUAUACUAAAUAUUAAUUAUGAACGGAACAGUGGUGUUAUGUUCGUUAAGAAAAAUUAAAUCUCAACUAUAUGCUAUAUCGUCGAAAAAUUGGUUGUUCGAAAGAUUCUCACAAUGUAAUAAUGUAGUUCUUGCUAAUUGUCAACGAUGUCGAACAGUACACAACAGUACUGUUACACAUUUAGAAAUUCCUAAAGAGAUCGAAAGAAAAGCUACUGACUUGAAACAGAUAAGAGAUUUAUCGAAAAAUGGACCAUCGCUCAAAGACUUUUUGGUGUCUAAGAAUGAAGUGCCUAUCGAGUCGAUCAGUGUACCAAAUAUACCCUACAUAAACAAUAUCGAUGGUUCUAAUCAGAAAGUUUACUUUGAAGUGUACGGUUGUCAGAUGAACGUAAAUGACACAGAAGUGAUCUGGUCUAUUUUAAAAUCCCAUGGCUAUCAGAAAGUUGACGAUUUGCAAGAAGCUAAUAUAAUUUUACUUGUCACGUGUUCUAUCAGAGAUAAUGCAGAACAGAAAAUAUGGAACAAGCUAGACUAUCUAAAUAGUAACUUAAGACAAAAAAGGAAAACAAAUUCUGUGAAGAUUGGUUUGUUAGGUUGUAUGGCAGAGAGAUUAAAAGAGAAAAUAUUAGAGAGAGGAAAACUUGUCGAUGUGAUUGCUGGCCCAGACAGUUAUAAGGAUUUACCAAGAUUGUUGUCUGUACCAGACAGUGAAACUGCUAUUAACGUAGUUUUAUCGUUCGAUGAAACGUACGCGGAUAUUACACCAGUGAGAUUGAACCCAGAUUCCAUCAGUGCAUUCGUUUCAAUAAUGCGCGGCUGUGAUAAUAUGUGCACUUAUUGCAUUGUACCGUUUACGAGAGGAAGAGAAAGAUCAAGGCCAAUCGAUAGCAUAGUUGAAGAGAUCCGACAUUUGUCUAACGAAGGUGUGAAAGAAGUAACACUCCUUGGCCAGAACGUAAAUAGUUACAGGGAUACCUCGCGAUCAGAGUUCUGCACGAGCAACGAAGCGGAAACGCAUCUAGCCAAAGGUUUCAAAACGGUAUAUAAAAGCAAGAAGGGAGGACGUCGAUUUUGCGAUUUGUUGGAUGAAGUCUCUCGCAUCGAUCCCGAAAUGAGAAUCAGAUUUACAUCACCGCAUCCUAAAGAUUUCCCGGAUGAAGUUUUGCAACUGAUAGCGGAACGACCGAAUAUCUGUAAAGAAAUUCACUUACCCGCGCAAAGCGGCAGUUCGACGGUGUUGGAGAGGAUGAGGCGGGGAUAUACGAGGGACGCGUAUAUAGACUUGGUGCAUCACAUACGUGAGAUUCUUCCAAAUAUUUCUAUCUCCAGCGAUUUCAUUGCUGGAUUUUGCGGGGAAACUGAGGAAGAGUUCCAGGAUACUUUAUCAUUAUUGGAAUUGAUCAAAUAUAACAGAGCUUACCUUUAUGCCUACAGUUUACGCGAGAAAACGACCGCGCAUCGUCGUUACAAAGACGACGUAGAGCCGAGUGUGAAACAAAAUCGAUUGGAAAGAAUGAUCUCAGUGUACAGACCCGAAGCGGAAAGAUUGAAUAAAUUGCAGAUUGGACAGUUGCAACUUGUACUAAUAGAAGGGGCCAGUAAACGGACAAGUGAAUAUUUACAAGGACGGAACGAUGGUAACGCGCGAAUAAUAAUUCCAUUUACCGAAAUACCUAUAACAUUGAACUCCGAUGAGAAGAGAUCGAUAAAAAGUGGCGAUUAUGUCGUCGUAGAAAUUACAAACGCCAACUCACAGACUCUAACAGGUACACCUGUCUAUCACUCGUCGAUAACAGAAUAUGCAUCCUCGCUCGUGCUGUAAAUAACGUGGAACACGAUUUUCAAAGGUUUCAUUUGUUAUUUAAUCACGCUUGUCAUUGUAUAAUAAAAUCAGAUUUGGAACGAGACACGUAAUAAUUACAAUGAUAGAUCGAUGUGUAACCUAGUCAAACUAUCGAAGAAGGAAUCAUGUACAUAGUAUGAUACAUAUUUAAUAAUAAAUAGAAAUAAUUUAUCCUAA